GUCGCCAUUUUCUUUGCAGGCCGCAGCGGAGCCUGAGACCUUGGAAGAUCAGAGAUGUGGGACCAGGGAGGGCAGCCCUGGCAGCAAUGGCCUCUGAGUCAGCAGCAGUGGAUGCAGUCAUUUCAACAUCAGCAGGAUCCAGGUCAGGUGGACUGGGCAGCUUUAGCUCAGGCUUGGAUCGCGCAGAAGGAGUCGAGCGGCCCGGCUACGGAGCAGCAGCAGCAGCAGCCUAACGGACAGGACACUGCAGCGCUCGACACACACACCAAUCACACAAAUUUUCAGAAUGACUCCGGCUUUAACAGGAUGUGGCAACCAGAGUGGGGGAUGCACAGCCAGCCUCCACCUCCUCCUCCGCCGCCUCCCCCACCUUCCGCUGACCAGACGUGGAUUCCUCCAGCUCCAGCACCAAUGGACAUUGUAAAUCCAUCUGAGGACAGUAACAGUCAGGACAGUGUUGAGUUCACCAAUGACCCGCAUCACACCUUCACACACAACAGUCAUGGGUUCAGCAGUGGGCCAGAACACUACCCCGUCACUCCAAUGGCAGUCAACCAGUUUGAUUAUCAGCACGGAGCAUUCGGACCUCCUGGCACUGGGUUUCCCCCACCAUUUUGGUCUGAUGGGCCCCAAAACAGACGAGACAGGAUGCCAGGUUUCAGACCAGAGCGACCAAGGUCACCCGUGCAGAUGGGCAUCAAAACAGAAGCACCUGUUAUCGAUGCUGUAAAAAGGCGCACUCUUCCCGCGUGGAUUCGAGAAGGCCUCGAGAAAAUGGACAGAGAGAAACAGAAGAAACUGGAGAAGGAAAGGAUGGAGAAAGAGCGAGUAGAAAUGUCGCAUGAGGAGAAAGAGACCGAAGCAGCAGAGGAAGAAGCAGUUCGCAUGCCACGCAAGAGCAAGUUUGACAGCGAUGAUGAGGAUGGUGAAGAAGUGGAAGAUGCAGAGGAAAGUGUUACAGCAAAAAUCCCAUCUCCUGUACACGAGGAGCAGAGCGAGCCGGAAAUGACAGACGAGGAGCGGGAGUUUCAGCUGAUGCUGCUGACCAAAACCCUUCUGACCGAAGUUCUGCUGGAGGUGACAAAUGAAGAAAUUGUCCGCGUGGCCUUGGAGACGCACCGCAAAGCCAGCAAAGCUCCUGCAAAACAGCUGGCACAGUCCAGUGCACUGGCUUCUCUGUCAUCCCUCGGCGACCUGGGUGCGUACGGCUCAGACGAGAGCGAGGAUGAGCGUAGCGCGAAGGGCUCGGACUCAUCCGACACAGACGAAGAGGAGCUUCGGCACCGGAUCCGCCAGAAACAGGACGCGUUUCGCCGCAAGGAGCAGGAAAGACAGGAGCUGGAGGAGCACGUUGUUAUUAACCCAGAACCCCCAGCUUUAGGAAGCAGGGAAAGGGAGAAAGAGUGUCAUGAGGACGAGCAGUCAGAUUCCAAACACAAACAGGAAGUUAAGGAUAGGGAGGUAGAGUCAGGCCAGAGGUCGGAGAUUAGCGAGGUUAAGCGUUCAGGGUCACGUCGCAGCCGCACGUCCUCCUCCAGCUCGUCUUCCUCCUCUUCCGUGUCAUCAUCUUCCUCCUCCACUUCCUCUUCCUCAUCGUCCCGUUCUUCCUCUCCGCGCCGGAAGAGGAGGCGCAGCCGCUCAGCUUCACGCGGCAAUCGCAGGCGCAGCCGCAGUCGCAGUAGGAGCUCUCGCAGGGCCGAACGCAGUGACAGGGACAGGAGGCGAGGUAGUCGAGACCGGAGCUCCGCCCGCUACAGAAAGCGCAGCCGCAGCCAUGACAGACGGCACAGUCGCAGCCACAGCCGAAGGAAGAGAACGAGAAGCCGAGACAGGGAGCGAAGGAAAGAGAGGAGCCCAAGCCGUGAGAAAGAGAAGCGGAAGAGAGACAAGGAGCUAGAGAAAAAAAAAGACAAGCAAAAGGCAAGGGAGAAGGAAAGAGACAAGGAGAGGGAAAGAGAGCGAGAAAAGGAACGGGAAAGAGAAAGGGAUGCUAGCGCAGCCAGGGAGGAGGAGAGCAGAUCGAAGAAGAAGCGACGAGAAAGCGAGCCCGUUUCCCGACAGGACAGCAGGUCUAGCAGAAAGAGUUCGACCAAAUCAAACAGGAAGUACUCGGACUCCGAAUCCAGCAGGUCCCCGUCCCCUGAGGUUAGCAAAAACAAAAAGUCUAAAAAGAAACGUAGUCGCUCAAGGUCAACGGAAAAAUCGCACAAGUCUGGUAAGAAGGCAAGCCGCAAACACAAGUCUAAAUCGCGAUCAAGGUCGAACUCCCCGAGCCGUCGCAGGCGCUGAGGAUACCUGCGCGCUCUCACUUAUUUUAAAAUUCCAUGAGUUUAAAGGGCGUGUCUCGUUAUGGAGGCAGCGUUGUAGGUGAACUCUGCACUCAAACCCACACUGUAAAUAUGUGUUCAUUUUUAAAGCGACGUCUGUGACAUGAACCGUUUUGAACAAUAAGAUUAUUUCAGCCUCGUAUUAUAAAAGACUCAGCAUUAGUGGUUGAUUAAGGAUCUCGAAGCUGUUACAUUUUAAAGCCCUCGAGACGAGGGGGAGAAUUCAUCUAAUGUAAAGUGUCUAAUAAAAUAAGAAUGCUUUUUUUUUCUGUUCA